AUGGAGGUUGCUAGGGAGACCGAUCUGGAACCUCCGGCUAUCACGGCGAUGCAUUGUGCUGCGGCGUCAAAUUUCGUGGCGCAGCGAUUCUCGCAGCAUUUCGCACAGCAUUUCGCGGAGCAAUUUGCGCAGCAGCAAUUCGCGCGGCAUUUCGCGGAGCAGCAGUCGGCGAGGGAUGAGGAGAACCGGCUCCUCCGCUCCUGCGGUGACGAUAGCAGGCUGGCUGAUGAGCAGCGGCAAGAGCAGCAGCAGCGGCAGCAGCAGCAACAACAUCAGCAACAGCUGCUGCUACUGCUGCAGACCCAGCACAGACAGCAGGCCUUAGUGGCGAGUCAAUGCGAAGGGCCUUGGAGGGUAAACGGCUUGGGCGGUGCGAGUUGGCCGGAGGCUGGUGCGCGGCAGAACACGAUUGGGGGUGUGGGACAGGAAGAGCACGGCAGAGAGAAGCAGACGUCAUUUGAGAAGGUGAUUCUGCACUCUGUGCCGUGGUUCCAGGCGGAGCAGCAAUGGGAGGCGGAGCAUCAUGCAGUUGACAUGAAUGGUACAAGUAGGAAGAGGCUGUGCAGAGAGGAGGAGAAGCUGUCGGCGCUGCUGCUGGCGUCCCACCAGGCCGUGAUGCAGCAGCAGAGAGAGCAACUCGAGCUGCAGCAGAGGCAGAAGCUGGUGCUGGAUCAAAGCCGAGAGCUGGCAUGCUCGCUCGCCUCUCAACCAGAGCCGUGCACUGUUGCAGAUCAGUAUGUAGCUGCGAGUUUUACUUGUUCAGCAGGAGAUGAUCCUGCUUUUUUUGCCUUCACUUUUUUCUCGUCGUCCCCUUUCCUCUGGUCCUCACCGUCCUCCGCUUCGCCUCCCCUCGCCUUCCACCGCUCCCUUCCUUUCUCCUCAUUCUGCGCCGCUGAACCUCUUCCUACUGUCAGCUCAACCGCCGCAAACAAAAUGUCGUCCGCUCCGCCUACCGGCGGCAGCGGCGGCGGCGGUGGCGGCGGCGAUCGCGGUGUGCAGCCGAUGAGCCUGAAGGAGGUUCAGGAGCGAAUUGACCAGCUCUACGGUGACCGGAGCGCGAAGAACCUUCGCGAAGGCAUCCGAAAAGGCUUUAUUUCCGUCGGAAAGGGUGUCUUCGCCGGCGUCGGCGCGCUCGUCGCGGCGCCUAUCGCGGGCGCUGCGCAGGAGGGCGGGAUCGGGCUGGUUAAAGGGACCGUGGCGGGGGUGGCUAGUCUCGUCGUGCUGCCUACUAUAGGAAUAGUACAAGGCGCGCAGCAGUUAGGACAGGGGAUUAAGAACAUGCCGGACGCGGUUCGGGAGAUGAUGAAGAAGGAUAAGUGCGAGGAGGAGGCGGAAAAAGGGGAGAUUCUGGAAGAUCCAGACGUGGAUAAGCUUAACGAACAGACGUAUUCGCACACGCGCGAAACUGUCGAGAAAAUCGCGCUCGAAACGGAAACAGAGGAGGCGACUGCCACGUCAGCGGCGAAGGCUGCUGCCGACGAAGCAGCCGCCACGUCAGCCGCGGAAGCGGCGGCCGCGGCGGAGAAGAAGGGGGAGAAGAGGGAGGUUAAGGACGAGGCGCUGUACCUGGUUCUGGAGGUCGCGACGGACGCGUCGUCCGUGGAGAUUAAAAAGGCGUACUACAAGCUAGCGCGCACGUGCCAUCCCGACAAGAACCCCGGGGAUGAAACCGCCAAGGCCAAGUUCCAAGCUGUCGGUGAAGCCUACCAAGUCCUCAUGGACCCCGCCAAGCGCGAGCAGUACGACCGCUUCGGCCGCGCCGCGCUCGAAGACACCUUCAUGGACCCCGGGUCCUUCUUCACCAUGGCGUUCGGUGCAGAGCGGUUCAAACCGCUUGUGGGGGAGUUGACAGUGGCGUACACGGCGGCGGGGAAUCUGACGGUGGAGGAGGUGAAGCGGUGGCAGGCGCGGCGGGAGAGGGAGCUGGCGGACGGGCUGCUGAAGCGGCUGGGGCUGUGGUUGAGAGGGGAUGAGGAGGGGUUUGUGAGAGAGGCUGUGAAGCAGGUGGACGAGCUCAAGGGCGAGGCUUUCGGGGUCGCCUUCUUGCACUGUAUCGGGUAUGCGGUGUGGUGGGAAUGUUGUCAUCUGGUGUUUGUAGGGUUGUGGCUGGCGGGGGAUGAGGAGGGGUUUGUGCGGGAGGCUGUGAAGCAGGUGGACGAACUCAAAGGGGAGGCGUUUGGGGUCGCCUUCCUGCACUGCAUUGGGUACGUGGGGUGGUGGAACUUUUGUUAUUUGGUGUUUGUGUGGUUGUGGUUGAAGGGUGAUGAGGAGGGGUUUGUGCGGGAGGCUGUGAAGCAGGUGGAUGAGCUCAAAGGGGAGGCGUUUGGGAUCGCCUUCCUGCACUGCAUCGGGGAGGCUGUGAAGCAGGUGGACGAGCUCAAGGGGGAGGCGUUUGGCGCGCGGAGAGAGAGGGAGCUGGCGGACGGGCUGUUGAAGCGGCUGGAGCUGUGGUUAAAGGGGGAUGAGGAGGGGUUUGUGAGGGAGGCUGUGAAGCAGGUGGACGAGUUGAAGGGGGAGGCCUUUGGGGUCGCCUUCCUGCACUGCAUCGGCUACACGUACUACUCGCGCGCGCAGGUGCUGCUAGGCCUCACCGAGCUGCUCGGCAUCCCGGGAUUUGUGAACGCAAUCAAGGAGUCGGGGCACACCCUCCGCCCUUCCUUUUAA